UAAAAUAAUUAAAUUUCGUUCUCAUUUUCCGGUGUCUCCGCCCUUUCUGUGUUGCUUUCUCCAAACUCGCACCCGCCACGUCCUUCUGUCUCCCUUUCAUCGCCUUCACGAGAUCAAACGCGAAUGGAAGUGCCUGACGAGAACCUCGAGCGAAUUCACGGUCUGUUCCAGCGGCGCUGUUCCACGCCGAGGACUACCCCUUCCAGCACGUGGCGCUCAAGUACGCGCUUCAGUACAUCAACGCGGACCACGAGCUGCUGCCCGGGGUGAACCUGUCCCUGAUGGAGCUGAAUCUGUCCCAGGCCGACAGCUUCAGCACCGGAAAGCGAGUGUGCGGUGCCGUACGCGAGGGAGUGGCAGCCGUCAUCGGCCCGCGGGCCCCCGCCUCGACCGGCAUCGUGCAGUCCAUCUGCGAGACGAUGGAGGUGCCGAACCUGCAGAUCUACCCCGAGGUGCAACAGCACCCGGGGUGCUGCGUCAUUAGCCUCUACCCCGCGCAGGAGUCCGUGGCCCAGGCCAUCGCUGACGUGGUCCGGAACUUUCUGCACUGGUCGGCCUUCACGGUGUUGUACGAGUCUGACGAGGGGCUGCUUCGCCUCCAAGAGGUACUCAAGGCGCACGGACUGGAGGAUCGAAAGAUCAUCGUACGACAGUUCGUGCCAGGCAAGGACCAGAGGAAGCUCCUGAAGGAGAUCAACGCGUCGAACGAGACCCGCAUCUUGCUGGACUGCGCCACGGACCGCGUGCUCGACGUCCUCCAGCAAGCGCGAGACGUGAAACUGAUCAGCGUCUAUCACAGCUACUUCAUAACGUCGCUGGACACACACACUCUCGACCUGAGCGAGUUCGAGCCGGGCCAAACCAACUUCACGCUCUUGCAGAUUGUGAACCCCGAGGACAUGAACGUCGAGCUCACAGUGAAUUACUGGACGGACAAGUACUACUACUACCACCGGAGGUCUCUAGGGGUGACGGCAGAAACAGUGCGGACUGAGACGGCGCUCAUGCACGACGCCGUGUUCCUCUUCGCCCGGGCGCUUCACCGAUGCUACUUCGACGUCAAUCAGAGCUUCAGCGUCGAGUCCCUGGAGUGUGACGAUCGUCACAAGUGGAUCUACGGCCUGCCGCUCGCCAACUACAUGAAGAUCAGCGAGAUGGACGGAAUGACGGGCAAGAUCCGGUUCGACGACUCCGGACGACGGACACGCUUCAAGCUGUACGUAGUGCAGUACUUCACGGGCGAGUUCAGGAAGGUGGGCUGGUGGGAAACGGGACACGGCGUCAACCGCACCCAGUCCGAGACUGAGAAGGAGGCGGAGAUUCAGAAGUCUCUGCAGUCGAAGAAACUCAUCGUCGCGUCUAGAAUCGGCGAACCCUUCCUGACGGAAGUCGAACCCAGAGGGGAGCUGCAGGGGAACGAGCGCUACGCCGGCUACUCCGUUGACCUGAUGGGCAAAAUCGCCGAAAUCGUGGGCUUCCAGUUAGAGUUCAGACUCGUGGAGAGCAACAAACACGCGGAUCUGGUCAACAACCUGAUUGCCAGGACGGCGGAUCUCGCCAUCUGUGACCUGACCAUAACGCACGAGCGGGAGAAGCUCAUCGACUUCACGAUGCCGUUCAUGAACCUUGGUAUCAGCAUUCUCUACGGCAAGCCUGUCAAGGAAGAUGCCAGUCUGUUCGCAUUUCUGGACCCGUUCUCCGUCGACGUGUGGAUCUACGUGGCCACGGCGUACCUGGGCGUGUCCAUCCUGCUUUUCGUGCUCGCCAGGAUGUCGCCGAAGGAAUGGACAAACCCGCACCCGUGCAGGUCGGAAGGCACUGACGGCUUCUUGCAGACCAACCUGACCAUGAGUAACUGCCUUUGGCACAACACGGGCUCUAUUAUGCAGCAAGGGUCCGACAUUGCACCGCAGGCGGUGUCGACGCGCAUGGUGGCCGGCAUGUGGUGGUUCUUCACACUCAUCAUGAUCGCGUCCUACACGGCCAACCUGGCCGCCUUCCUCACGCUAAACCGCUUGGAGGGCGAGAUAAGCAGCGCGGAGGACCUCGCCAAACAACACAAGGUCAAGUACGGAACCAUGGCCGGCGGCUCCACCGCAGGCUUCUUCAAGAACUCGAAUGACUCGACGUACAAGCGGAUGUGGACGACGAUGUCGCAGUCCGUGCCCAGCGUCUUCGUCAACAGCAACGAGGACGGGGUGCAACGCGUCCAGAAGGCAAACGGCAAGUACGCGUUCUUCAUGGAGUCCACGUCGAUAGAGUACCAGGUGGAGCGGAAGUGCGACCUGCAGCAGGUGGGGGGCACUCUGGACUCCAAGGGCUACGGCAUCGGCCUGCCAGUCAACUCGCCGUACCGCACCAAGGUGAACGGCGCUCUGCUGAAGCUCCAAGAGAACGGCGUGUUGCAGGAGCUGAAGGAGAAGUGGUGGAAGGCGCCGGCCAACGAGUCGUGCUCCGCGAAAGACGCCAGCGAACUCGACGAAGACAGCAACAAGCUGGGGCUGGCUAACGUGGGCGGAGUGUUCGUGGUGCUGAUCGCGGGUACGCUGACCGCCUUUCUCUUCGCCGUCCUGGAACUGCUGUGGAACUGCCGCAAGAUAGCCGUCCAGGAAAAGAUCUCGCCAUGUGAGGCGCUGACCUCAGAGAUGAAGUUCGCUCUGAACUGCUCCAACGAGAACAAGCCGGUGCGAAGGAGGAAAGAGGAAGAGGAGGAGGAGGAGGAGGAAGAGGAUGCAAUGCCCGCGGGGGUGACGGCAGGCUCCUUCGCCAGAAUCGGCUUCGAGAAGUUCAGGGACAAGGAGUGACCACACGUGUCGCCGCACGGACCUGUCAGAGGUCGACCAAGUGUAGGCCAUUUCAAUAAAUAAAUAAACAAAACAAACCAAAAUCUUA